AUGUUUAACAAAGUCAUAGAAUCUCUUAAACCAAUUGAAAACGACAUAAAAAAUCCCGGUGUUCUUGUAGACCUUUUCGCCUCAAAAUUACCAGUUACAACUAAUCUAAUAGCAACACAAGCUAUAGAGCAAUUUAUUUUAUGUUUUCCCAAGCAAUAUAGACAACACCUGAGGGAAACAAGAAUAGGAAAAUUUCAAUUGGUGUAUCCUACAACAUACAACUAUUACGAAGAAGCAAAUGAAUAUGGAGAACUCUCAUUCCAUUUCACACUUUCAGUUCCUGAGGGAGAAGAAAAAGCAAUCUAUCAUGUACAAUCUCUUGCAGGAUGUGAAGGAAAACCUCACAUAAUAACUACUGUUGCAAUUGACAAACCUGCAAGAGUCGAAGACGAUGUUUUGUUCGCGUCCAUUGCUGGUUUUGGCAUGGGAGAACCAAUUCCAAUUUCCCAUUUCACAGAAUACUCAGCACAACAUUUUCAAAAUGUAGAAUUCGUGUUCUACGACCAUCAAAAGUUCCUGCUAACAAAACCAAAGAAACAAUUUGUCUCAAUAUUUGUUGCUGGUCAUGUGGCUGACAAAGAGCCAUCAGAUACUGACUAUGAAGAAGAGGAGGAGGAAGAAGAAGAAAACGAUAGCGAUGUCGUUCUUAUCGAAUAA